AUGGAGGUCCAGUUGAUACUCUUGCGCUUUCACCGCCGACAUGCUGGCGGACAUGCUGGCGGACGGAAUGACGGUCGUCAUACAAUCAUUACAGCUUUUUCUGAAAUAAUGAAGUUGCUUCCACCAACGAAGGUGCAACGCGUUCGCUGCCGCGGCUUUGACCUCCACAUCAAGCGCGACGAUUUGCACUUCCUUCCAGGUAACAAGUUCCGCAAGCUCUUUUGGCUCGUGGAGAAGGAUGCGUCGUUCUUUACAGGCAACCAUCUCUUGAGUUACGGCGGCAUCCAAAGUAACGCUAUGCUGGCAGUUGCUCAGCUGGCACAUCUGAAGCAAGUCCCGUUCACGUAUUUCACCAAACCCAUAUCCACGCAGCUCUUGGACCGCGCCAAAAACCUCAAAUCUAAUUUCAACUUGGCCUUGUCGCUGGGGAUGCACCACGUCGCUCUAGAGAACGAAUACGACGCUCUUGCCGACUCUCAUGACUUCACUCCCAUCGCUCCGCUGAACGCAACUAGAUGGCUGGGAAUUCCUCAAGGUGUUGCCUUGCCCGAGGCAGCUGUCGGAAUACGACGGUUGGCGCUUGAGCUGAACGAUUUCGCUGAAAGCUACGCCAACAACGUGGCAGUGGUGCUUCCAUGUGGCACUGGUACCACUGCGCAUUACGUCGCCAAAUACAUUCAUCCUUCAAUUCGCGUGUACGGCGUGCCGUGCGUCGGAAGUGCGGCGUAUUUGCGCGAACAACUCGCAAAGUUGGAUGCGACCGCCCCUGGGUCCAGUCCCCUAUAUGUGCUCGAGCCGAGGAAAAGAGUUGCAUUUGGCACGCUCUGGCGCCCAUUGCUCGACACGUAUUACGAAGUGCUGAAGGACACAGGGGUUGAGAUCGAUUUGAUCUACGGAUGUCUUGCAUGGGAUACCAUGCUGAAUGCAUUCGAUCGGCACGAAUUUGAAGGACGUCAAGUUGUGUAUAUCCAUUCUGGGGGCCUCAGCGGGAACUCCAGCCAGCUUGAACGAUACCGAAACAGGUUCCAGAGUGAAUGA